CAUCCAUUCCAGCUGACACUUUUCUAUAGCUUAGCAUUUAAAUAGUAAUAGUAAAAGUAAAUAUUUAAAAAUUACAAAAAAGGCUCGAUGUUACAAACUGCACUGUUCCACUAGCGCUGCUAAGUGUGUGCCGCUACCGUGACCGAUCUAAAGUUUUGUGCACUUUACAGCGUUUAUAUUAUAUUACUUAUUCGACUUAUCCAGUCUCGUACGUCUGACGUACAUACAUUGUAUGUGGAAUUGCAAUUUUUUUAAUUCAAUACACUAAAAUAAUUUAAUUUAACGAAUACAAUAUUCUUGCCAAGUUACAAUAAUAAAAUCAAAUAAAAAACAAACCAUUAAAAUUAAAUAUUGUAAAAUGGAUAGGAAUGUUCUGGAAUGGAAAAAAGUGAAUCUUUUUGAUAUUAGUAAAUUACCAUACAUACAAUUUCCGAUUACUUCAGAAAUAUCUUCCUACUGCUUUAACGAAUACAAAUCCAGUACAGCGGAUAUAAAAACCAACUUAGUAAUAUGCGAUAAAAAAGGAAAUAUUUUAAUAUACCUAUCAAAUUGGGAAUGUAUUUCUUUUAAUUCCCAACCCACACGGUCAGUUAUCACUCUAUGUUCCAUGGCAUCUAAUAACUGGCUAGCGACUGCCUCCCUAACAAAUAAGUAUGGGAUUCACAUUAAUAUUUACGACCUAGGAAGGUUAACUAGAAAGCAAGGAGCUCCAAUAAUUGCAUCUGCAUAUUUUCAAGGGGCAAGUACUCCUUCUUGUAUUAAUGCAGAAUCCAUUGAUGAUAAAUUGCUUGCGCUUGCCGUUGGUUUCGAGAAUGGUAAUAUUCUGUUGCAUUACGGUAGAAUAAACAAGCUAUUUUCUCCAGAUAUUCGCCAACAUACUGUUUCUGAGUACGCAAUAAAAGGAAUACAUUUCGACUUUAAGGCCGAACAACCGGAUAUGCCCAUUCAUCUCAUGUUUAUAACAUGUUUUAUAGGAGUUUAUUGUUUCGUGUUAAAAGAAAAAAGCAUGAUGGAGCACAAAUUUACCCUCGACGAUGAUAAAAAAAAUAUCAAUCAUUGCAGCAUAAUGCGCAGGGCUUCUGUCGGCUGUUUUGAUUAUUCGAUGUUGGUAGUGGGACGGGGAGACGCUAUAUAUUGCUACACCUCUGAGGGAAGAGGUCCUUUGUUUGCCAUCAAAGGCACAAAGAAACACCUUGCUUGGAUAGGUCAUACCCUCAUUGUCUCCACCGGAAAGUCAAACUUAAAGGAAAGCUUGUCAACUUUAAUUGCAUUAGAUACUGAAAACAAAAUAAUAGUUUUUCAAAACCAAUUUCAAAACUUGUCUUCUAUCAUUUAUGAAAAUGAUUUUUGCUAUAUCAUAACCAAUUCUAGUGUCAAAAAUACUGAAAACGUAUUUGUUUUAAAAGAGAUCAAUGUGUGUAACAAAAUUAAACUUCUAAAUGAAAAUAAUAUGUAUGACGUUGCUUUGAGGUUGUUACAUCAAGAAGGGUGUACUUUCUCUCCAGAAGCUGCUAUGGUACAUUUUCAGUUCGGAAAUAAUUUACUGCUGAAAGGCGACAUUAGUACAGCAGUUCAAGAGUUUAUUAAAACAAUUGGUUUUACUAAACCAUAUGAUGUAAUUUCAAAACUUUUAGAUUCCAAACACAACAGUUACCUAACAGACUACUUAACUGAGUUGAAAAAAAUAUAUCCGAAUUCCAACCUUACAGACCUUAUUGAAUGCUGUACUACUCGUAAGCGGAUUAAGCAGGAAAUUCAGCUGUUAAGUGAUCGAUUUGAACCCCUCCCUGAAUUAAAACAUCUUUCAAAAUUGUCAAAACUUUAUUUCGAGUGUACUCUUAAAAAUCAGAGCAAAGCUAAAGCAGAUCAUAUAUUGAAUAGAUUUUUACAAUAUGGACCAGAAAACCUAACGGUAGAUUCCUCUAUAUAUUUGGAUAAUAUAAAAUCGGAGAAUGUAAAAAAUUCAGAAUGUAUUCUUUCUUUUUUUUCCAUUUUACCAGAUCAUAACGAAUACUGCGCCAAAAUUUUGGGUACCAUCAUUGAAACGUUUCCACUAUGUGAUGAAAGGUUAUAUUUUUAUUUAUGUGUUCUAUAUCUUUCACUCUUGCAAGAAAGUAAGGUUGCUCCCAAACUAGUUUUAGAUUUUUUAAAAAAAGAGUGCUUGCGUACAGAUAAGUUUUUAAUUGUAUGCAGACUUAAUUCGUUUUUAAAUAGAAUACAUGAAAUGCAUAACCAUCAACAGAAUGCUAACAUGUUGAAUAGAAAAACAGUACAUAAAUGUAUACAUACCCUUAUGAAAAAUAAUAUAGACGUGGAUUAUAAUUUGAAUAUAAGUAAAAGAUCAUUUCUUAUGAUGCUAAAAAGUGUUUGCCAUCAUGAUGAGAUAAAAACACUAAAAAUAAAACCUAUAUUUAUGGAAAAAGAUGUUCGUGAUGUAGUGUACUCAGCAAAUGAAGAAAAGUUAAUGGAAUAUUACAAGAAUAAAAUUAGGAGAACUGCUUUUAUACUCUCUCUCUAUACAAACAAUCCAAUACAAUUUCGAAAUGAUACAUGUGGCAUUUGUUGUGAAACUUUGAAAAUGCGUUCCAUUUAUUUUGUUUGUCAACAUUCUUUUCAUAAAGAAUGUCUUAACUACGCUUCCUCAAAACGUCAUAAAGACUUUAUAUGUAUUGUAUGCAAAGCAAACAUGAAUUAUUUGAAAAAAAAAAAAGAAAUAUUCUUACACUCGGAUUCUGCAAAUAUUAUUUCAGUAAUUUCGAAAGUAGUUGCUAUAGGAGCCAAGAAACUUGAAGCUGAUAAGUGAUUUUAAAACUUUGAAAAUCGAAGCACAUAUGACUGACCCAAAAAUUUCGGUAUUAUUGUAUCGUUGAUCUGUUGGUUAUUCAAUAUUAUUUCAUAAAAAUAGUAAUUACAAUUAUAAUAAAUAAAUAUAUUGUA